CACGCAUGCGCAGAAAAGCGCCCGGGCAAACUCAUGCGGAUGUGUUGCUCCAUGAAAUGGCGGCGUGAGAGCCUCCUUUAAGUCACCGCAGUGCCACAGUUGAUGCUUGUUCGUGUGCGAAGGCUCGCCAGGAGCGCUCCACCGUUACGAGGCACGACACGGCACGGGUGGCCUUUCUGCUUCCACAAAACGCGUCGGUUCUGUUGGUUCCGGGCGAACCUCGGACCCACAGGUGACCUGGGAGGCAGGUGGGAUGGCCAAGCGGAUUGCUGACAAAGAGCUGACGGACAGGAACUGGGAUCAGGAGGAGGAGGGCGAGGAGGCCGGAACCUUCUCUGUGGCAAGUGUGGAUGUGCUGAAGAAUCGCGCCAUCAAAAAGGCCAAGCGGCGAAACAUCGGUGCUGAGGGUGACGGGGCUGGAGCCUUCAAAGGCUUUAAAGGGUUCUCGAUGAGCGCAGCAAGCGGCGGCUCAGCGGAACCUUCUUUCCCUGCUUUUGGAAAUGGCGGCGGAUUUAAAGGCCUCGGGGGUUUAACCAACGGAAAUAGCAUCAUGCCAUCUUUUGGUGGUUCAUUAUCAUCAUCAACUGCCUCGACUACACCCUGCAUGACGCCUGGGCUGGCAUUCAAUGGCUCCGCCUCUACGGACAACGGAGGGACGUCGUCCAAGGGCCCCGCCCCCGGCAGCAGCAAGGAGUACAGCCGGCAGCUGACGGCGCUCAACUGCUCCGUGCGUGACUGGAUCACCAAACAUGUAAACGACAACCCUCUGUGCGACCUCAACCCCAUCUUCCGUGAUUACGAGCGCCACCUGGCCAGCAUCGAGAAGCAGUACGGCGGCGCCACCGCCGCUGACGGACCUUCGGACGAGAAGAAAGAUGGUGGAACUUCGCCGACCGCCACCUCUUCUUCCGCGUCCAGCAGCAGCAGCAGCUUGGCCCCGUUUUCUUUCACCAAGCACAAAACGGAAGAGAAGGGCUCUCCGGUUCCGCCUGGCGUCACAUUCAACAUAGGUCAGAAGGUGGACGGCUCGGUUCUGGGCGCCUUAGGGUCCAAAACCACGCCCCCCACCUUGUUCACUGGACAGAGCUCCUUGUUUGGAAACUCAUCCUUCGGUGGGACAAAGAGUGAGGACGCCAAGCCGGCAGAUGACAACGCCGGUGGUGACGACUCCUACGAGCCACCCAAACCAGAGGUUCAGGAAGUCAAGGAGGAAGACGCCUUCUACUCCAAGAAGUGUAAAGUGUUCUACAAGAAGGAGUCGGAGUUUAAGGAGAAGGGCGUGGGCACGCUGCACCUCAAACACACGACGGAGGGAAAAACUCAGAUGAUCGUUCGAGCUGACACGAACCUCGGAAACAUCCUGCUCAACAUUUUCCUGCACGCCACCAUGCCGUGCUCUCGGGUGGGCAAGAACAACGUGAUGGUGGUGUGUGUCCCCAACCCGCCCGUGGACGACAAGGACCCAACCAGCCCCGUGCCGCUCCUCAUUCGCGUCAAGACCACGGAGGACGCGGACGAGCUCCACAAGACCCUGGAGGAGAAGAAGGGAUAAAGCCGAGCACGGCGCCGCCCUGCUGGCCACCACCUUCUCCCACACGUGCAGAGGGUUCUAGAAGAUGGUCAUACUGUGAAGCGCUAGGCGACAUUCCAUCCAGCUUCUAUCCCACAGCGGUAAACUUUUACUUUUUUUUUUUUAAUUUGCCGUUUUGUCGUGCAAAUGUUUUUUGUGCCAGGGACAUUUUUCUCCCAUCAUGGACUCUUAUGUGGAUAUUGUUUUGCAAGUGUCCUUGGCUCCGCCCCUUGCUGUUUAUUCCUAAUGGGAAUAAAAAGAAAACAGGAAA